CCGCCUCACUUCCUCAAUUCCAGUCCUCAUCUUAGGGCGGCAGCCAAGAGACGUCAAGCUCAACGAUGGCAACCGCGUGAACAGGAAGCUAGGCUGUUCACUUUCAAAUUAAAAGCAGGUCUUGGAAAAUGAUAUUCGUGUAUAUUUGCGAGUAUUCGGCGUGAAAAAAUAUGUGUUGUAUGUAACAAAAUACACAAUCACUGUCUUCAAUAAAGUAAGUAUAUAGAGAUGUCCAGAAAAGAUUUUAACUAGCCCAAGUGGUAUCUAUUUACUUAACAGUUUCUCAACAUUUAAGACCUUCAAUUUUCAAAUUUGAACUACUGUGGUGAAUUUGUGGUCCCUUACCUUGGCAUUUACCUGUAGUGCAAUUUUAUAAUAAUAAUAAUAAUUAUUAUUAUUAUUGUUAUUAUUAUUAUUAUUAUUAUUAUUAUUAUUAUAUUUAUUCUUAUUCUUAUUAUUUAUUAUUAUUAUUAUUAUUAUUAUUAUUUACUUAUUUAUUUAUUUCCUUUUUUACAAAAAUCUAUCCCGCUUUACUUUUAGUGUUAGGGCGAUAUUUUUAUUUGUAGGAUGGUAGAGGAAAGUCCCGCCUCCUUCGCCUCUGAUUGGCUAAAAAAGCUGGCAUUAUCGUCAAAUGCUUAAGCCAAACGGGGGCUGUCAGCUCUGUACAUUGAACAGGAAAGAACAUUAUUGCACUUUUGAAUCUCCUAACCCUAACUCUUACCCUGAUCCUAAUCCUAACCCUAACCCGACAGAUGAUGACGUUUCGCAGCCAUAAGGAAUAACCAAUUGGAGCCCAGCACUUCUAGCCAAUAAGAGGCGAAUAAGGGCAGGACCUUCCCCUACAAUCCUACUGCGCAAUGUUGGUUUCAGGAAGUUGAGAGAAAACGCAGAAUUACUGAGAGCUUUUCAGCUUCAAAUCCGUAUACUGGCGGAAGGCAGAACCAAGUUGUUCAUAGUAUAUACAGUCUAUGUUAGUAGCAUUGUAUAGUCUUGUCGCAGCAAUUAUAUAUAUAUAUUAUACAUAUAUUAGAAAUUAAUUAAUAAAAUAAUGCUCUUUUUUUCACUGAUAGUCUCACUUGCGUAUGUUUAGUCAACCUUAUAACCAUAUAAAACUCAUUUUAGUUGUUUCAAGCUCACUUCUAAACUUAAAUUUUUAUUUUUUUUAAUCAGUUUUUAUAGGCACACAGGGGAAAAAAAACGAGAAAAAAUUAUAACAUAAUAUAAUGGUAAAAAAAAAAAUUGAAUAGCAGCCGUUGAGAGUCUUAUUUUGAAAGCGUGAACCGGAAGCCUCGUCGUUAGGUCGGUUUCCUCCGCUGUAGUGUUGGAGAAGUUAAGUGUGGAGAACCAUCAUCACACAAGUGGCCGAGAGGCAGAAGAAGAGGCGCUGAACAAGUUUCCCUCUUCUUUCUUUGGGGAUAACAAACUCAGUGAGUGUCAUCGUCCGGGGACACAAACUCCGGUCAACAUGGCUGCUCUUUCAGCCUGGUUCUGGAACGAGAGGUUCUGGCUGCCACAUAACGUAACCUGGGCGGAUCUGGCGGACCCAGCUCCCGGGGUGGAGUACCCCAAAGCUGGACACUUGUUUAGUGCUUUACCGCUGGCUCUGGUCAUUUUCACCGUCAGGAUCCUCUUUGAAAGGUGAGUUAAAUCCGGAGGUGAGUUUCCUGAAACUCUUUUUAAAGCAGGUUUAUGGGCAGAAACAGAUGAUGGAUUUACUCAAAGAUACCCCAAAGUUUAUCAACUGUUAUUUAUUUAUUCACAAACCAACACUUCUCCUCUGACCUUCACUCUAAACAUACUUACUUUGAUUAUUCUUCAUGUUGGCCUAUUAUUGAUCACUCAUUGUGACACGUGUAGUGGGAAUUGCCCUUUGUUUAUUUAUUUAUUCUAAAGAGAGAUUGUUUAUUUAAUCAAAUAUACAUACAGAACAAUUUAGAUAAGAAAUAACCUAUUUUUUUGGAGUUGGUAGAAGCUGUUUAGCCUAUUUGUACCCACCCUCAUUCUUUCCUGUUCGUUGACCCUUUACAUUUGACAAUUUCUGAGUCUAACAUGAAUAUGUAACUAAUCAUUAAUACUGAAAAAAAGACCUAAUAUAUACAUAUAUACAUCCAUACCCAUAUACACACAAAUAUGCACUUUAUAUAUACCUAGAAUACUUCAAAUCUCUCAUUUGUACUACCAUAUACAAUAUAGUAAGAGUGGCAAAACAAAAAUCCCUUUUCUAAGUAUCUUUCAAUCAUACUCUCUAAAUUCUAUUCUAUAUCCUCUAUUUUCUCUUGACUCCUGCUUUAAUCUGAACCGUUACAACUCAACCUUUAUAGGUUUUGUUGGGGGAAAUCCUUUUCCAACAAACUUAGCAUCGGUGUUUGUAUAACUUUAGACGUGUUUGCAGAGCUAAUCACUGACCAAUCCGCUUAUUGUGUCUUUAGCCCUGCCAGCUCGCUGCCUCUGUGACACUGACACAUCUGUUUGUCACCUCGCCGCUGUGUGAUCCAGGUAUCCGUGCAGAGAGAGGUGCAGCUGAGCACUUUGCUCAGGGUUCAGGCUGCAAAAGUUGGAAAGGCACUAGUGUGAUCACAUGGCAUCCAACUACACACAGAAACCCACACACACACACACAGACACGGUCUUGGAUGACAGCCAGCUGUGAGACUUGCUAUACAGCCAGCUUGAGAUGUCCUGAGGGCAUUUUGCUUUGACAAAAAAAAUAAAAGAGCCGAGCUUUCUGAUAUUGUCUGAGAGUUGUUGCGUAGUUCAGAUAUGUGGGAGUUAUCUGACUUGACCCUCUUCCUUAAAUAGAGAUAAGGUCAGUCCAAGCUACUACUAAUAAACUGAUAAGACAGGAAAGAGUGGAAUUACUUGUGAAUCAAUCUUAGUCGAGUGUAACAUGCCGCAGGUGUGUCUGGUCUGGUCUGGUUAGGUGUUGGGUGUAUUUUUCAACCUCAAGACAAUGUUUAUUUAAAUUUUUAAUUACUGUCGUAUCACAACAAGAGAAUCCUGAGGUUGAUGUCAGUAAUUAUUCGCUUAAUAAUGGAUGCUAUUGGUGACGUUUUGUCUCUCUCCAACUCCAAGACAGACUCCACCCUAAAAAAGUUUGAAUGCAAAAUUUAGUAACACUGAUUCUGAUGGUUUGUAAAGUAACUUAAACCCAUAUUUUAUUGAAAAUAGAGCAAAAACAAAACGACAAAAAUCAAACCUGAAAAGAUGAUUUUGCAUUAAAAAAAAAACUCAAAAUAACAAAAAACAAAUAAUGAAUAAAUACGAAAACCCCUGGUUGAACAUCUUUUAUCUUAUUUGGAGCAGGUUAGUUACCUGACUGGGUGUUAACAGAGAGGCUGAGUCUUUUAGAAGGAAAGAUAGGAAGCUGAAACUAAUACUGAGUGGCCUGAUCUUUGGGCUCCCAGACAUGAGUCUGUUGUGGAAACCACUGCACAGGCUAAAUAUCACCCCCUGAAAUGGCCUGUUAACACGGCUUGUUGAUGCAUCCACAAAUACAGGUUAAAAUAGUAUCUUGUUUUGUGGUAACCAUAAACAUGUUACAGAAAUGCAGGCGACUUUUCAUGAUCUGAGCUCGUUUGAGAUGGGCUGAGUCGUUAAAGCACUGGCAGGUUCAAAUGUAAAUGUCAUGAUUUAUGGAUCUAAUAAAAGAUUAAUGUGGGGUUAAAGCGGGGUUUAGAGAAGGUUAAUUAUUCUGCCAGUUUGAGGUCAGGUGGACAGCUGCAGUAUAUGGUUGUUACAUAGAUCUGGAGGUGAUAUAGGAUCAUAUAAAAACACUCAGAGCUUAUGUGAUGAUAUGAACUGUGUGAAUCAUUGUAGUUCUAAUCUUACAGUAUAUGCUUAGUAACUAUUACAUAAAUGUGAGGAAGUUCAAUGAACAUGAUCAGAAGACAUUGACUUCUAAUGGUGUUUACAUUGUCAGCUAACAGCUGUAAAAAGUUAUUUGAUCAAGGUUCACAGAGAGUGCUACAGGAAUUAUUCUCAUACCAUCAGACUUAACGCCAGUGUAAGUGGGGUUCUUGUGAGACACCUGAAAUAUGGUGUGUGGUCAAAAAUCAAGCUUAGAAGAUUUCCACAUUCUACUUUAUGACAGGAAUAAAGUUGUGAGUGGAUGUCCGAGUCAGAAUCAUUAAAUAUUACGUGUUUCAAUAUGUUGAUUGUUCUCAAGUGCAAAGAUGAAUGUACAGAGGUUACCUGUGACAUCAAGAUAUCAUUAUAUUGAACUCUGUUGGCUUCAGUGGAGGUGCUGCUGAGGUCAUGUGACUGUGUUGUAGUUUGUUUACUGGUAAAUUCCCUCUGGCUAUUGUUUUUUACUUGUUAAGUCAUUAAGUUUGUGUCACUUGUAAAGUGUUUCUGUCAGGCGCAGGUGAAACAAACUCGACCUGCAGAGUUGGCCUUCAAAAAGAAGUCUUCCCUUCUAUUAUGGACUGAAUGCACAUACAGGUGGUAGGGCUGCACGAUUCAUCGAUUUUAAAUCAUAAUCGGAUUAUAUGAUCAUGAUGAUGUCAAAAAAUUUAAAUCAUCAAAUCGAUUUUCCUGUCAUAGAGAUUAUUUCGUGGCUAGAUAGAGCAAGAGCAAGUCAGUCGUGUUGAAUUGGUCCGACUUCACAGUUUCAGAUGAAGAGUACACCUCUCCCUGCUGCAAAGUCUGUCUGAAGGCGGUAUCAACCCGUCCACACGGAAAUGAAUUCAAGAGUAAACGCUAAAGAUUUUUGUCGUAUCGACGUUUCGGGUGACUGUAAACUGUACUUUUUGCACUACAUCAUUUUCAGUGGUUUGGUUUUGAGAGACGAUAGAAAAACAUUAUUUUUGAAGUGAAGUUUAGUGAAGUUGUCUCUGAAAAAAAAAUGUAAAAUCAAAGUUUUGGGAUUUUAUUUUUGGCCAAAAUCAUGCAGCCCUACAGGUGGUUGAGUUGAUGUGAAUUCAGUCAGGAUUUUCUGUAGUUUUCUAACAGUCACAGUAACAGGAUUAGGUCUAUACCUGUAAUAAUAUUUAUGUUUAACGGAAAUUAUGAAGUUAUAUCAGAUACAUGUUACAGUCUGGAUCAGUUACAGGAGAUCACCUGUUGCCAUUCUGGCAAGGUUUUCGAUCUUGACACCAGCCCCGCUUCGGCGUCAUGUCGUAUCUGUUGAAUUCAAACAAGAUCAAGUGGCUGUAAAUAAGGAGCAAUCAGAUAUGGAGGCGUCUGAUAAGAUGCACACACUGUCUCAGGUGUUGCAGUCGACCGUCUGUCCCUCUCUGGUGUGAGGUCGUUUUCAGGGUGAAGCGGAUUCACAGCGAUGUUAUCAGGGAGCGUUUUACUCCGUCACUGCUGACACUCCAACCGGCCCGCUGCUUCAUUCAUUUAUUUAUCAGAAAAAAAAAACAGCAUCACACCGCAGCUUGAGUUCCUACUCCUGUGUCUGCAGAGCUCAAACACAAGCUGUGCUGUUUGUUAGCACACAGUGUACUUGACACAACAUGAAGCACACACUCUUUGUGCCCACCCACCUGCUGUCUGAGGAUUAGUGACACACACAAGCACACAAUGAGGAGGCUGAGUUUGGUUUGGGGGUGUUCACUCUGACACAUCCUGUCAGACUGAGAGUUUGAUUCAUGGCCCGAUUUCACUCAGACUUUCCUUUUUUACUUCCUUUUCUGUCUCUAUCUUCAAAAAAUUGCAAGAAAGAGAAAAAAUUGGAGCUUUUGUCUUUAUGCAAUAUUCUCAGUUUUAGUUAAUAAUGGAAACACUUCUGCUGAUUCACUGUCUUUGACUUUGACCCGGCUCAAAACACAGAAAGACUCCCCAGCCUUGGCUCGUGUUAGUAUUCACAUAAAGUCACUGAGGGCUUAGAUUAACUACCUGAAUUCAAGUUGACACAAUCACUGAAUUAAGAUUCAUUUUUUAAAAUUUGACAGACCAGCUGAAGAUGAUAGGAAAUACAGAUAGCACAGAGUGAGGGAAGACAUGGAAGCGACAAGGACUGAAGCCUCUGUUUAUGGGACAUGUGCUGUAACUGCGAAGCCAAACUGGUGCUCUGAGGUUCAAGUUUGACAGCUUGUUUGUUUGUUUUUUUUAAAGUAGGGCUGUCAGCAAUUAAUCUUAAAUUACAAAAAAUCCCAGACUGUCAAUAGUUGCUUAGAAUUUAAUUGCACUCUGAAUUGUAUGUUUUAAAAUCUAAUAUUUUGCAUAUGGAGAUCGUUUUUAAGUCAACUGGAAACAAUGCAAAGCGAUUUGUGCCCGUAUCUCAAUUAAUAAGUCAGGUAAAUGCAGUGAAUGACACCCUGUGAUGUUAGCUGAUAGAUUUACUAAUAGACUGUAUAUACUAUGAACAACUUGGCUCCGCCUCCAGCCAUUGUGCGAAUUUAAAGCCGAAUUGCUCUUUAUUUCUGGGAUUUUCUUCACUUCCUGGAAACACCACUUGCGCAUUCGGCGCAGGAAAGUCGUUGUGAUGACAUUCUGCUCAAACAGCGUAUCCCCUGGGUGAGCUACGAGUCUUCGUACGCCCAUAGGCUGUAUCAGGUGUCAAUCAUAGAAAACAUGAACCACCAAAUAACUUUUAAAAAAUGGAGCUGUACAGAAAAAAGAGGACAUGAACACAAACCAGUCUGACAGUAACUACAUGUCAACAUCACAACCAUUAUGUUUCAUACUGGUCUUAUACCCCUGAACCAGGAACAGUAAACUCAAGUCUUUCCCAACAGAUUCACACUCAGUCUUUUUAGCUGCAGCUGUAUGUUUCACUCGUCAAUUGAAGCUCUUCCUCAAAGUUCUUCAACGAGAUCUGAAGUCUUUUCAAUACUAAGUGAACGUUACUUUGGACUUGUUAAGGAAAGGGCUGGUCGACACAGCUGUGCCUAAAGGGGGAAUAACAUACCACCUGUCAGGAUAGUCUUAUCUGGACUGAUGUCUUAAAACUGACAGGAUUCAUUUCAAGUCUGCUAAUGUUCUUCUUUCAUGUCUUCCAGGCUGCUACUUAAAAACUGGAAAGACAGGAAAGAAAGUCAUUACACUGAAAUCAUUGUCAGGUCAAGGGUAACAUGUAAUCUUCGGUGUAACUCUCCUUUAAAUUCCUGCAUUUGUGUCUCUUCUAUCUAAACUGUCGUCUGUAUCUAUAAAUAAUCAAAGACUGACUUUAUUUAUAAUCAGUCAAUUCAAUAAUUUUACAGCCUAAGAUACAAAAUCACUAUCCUCCUCCUCAGCUGUGAGGAUUUUGUCACGGUUUUUAUGAUUAUUUGGGGUUUUUCUCAGAGUUUUGGUUUAAAAGAGGAGCAAUAAAAUAAGUUUUAUGAAAAUACAAAGGUCAGGCUGUUGAGUUAAAUUGAUGAUAAACAUAAACUUCAACUUUCCCAACGACUUCCUUUAUUCUGACGUGCGUUUUACAGCAGCAGCUUGCUGUGGUUAGACUCAAACUGAGAGCGUUAACCUUCUCUUAGCACUUCCGUUUUCACCUUUUUUAAAAAUAAAAUCCUUUGUCAGUGUUUUUACCACAUUUAUCUGCUAAUCUGCUAAUCACCUCGUGUGAUCGCUGCUGCUGUGCUGAGAAGUUAUAGUUCUAUGAACCGAGAGGAAGAGGUGCAGAUAUUAUUUUAGUGAUAUGUUUUGUUUUUAUUGAGGAUGGAGGUCAGACAUGUCAAGUUUUCUGCACCUUUUCCAUGUGAUGUUCAGGAGUUGUCUUCUACCUUUCUCCUCCCAGGUUCUUCCUAUUCCUCCUCCCAGUAAGCCCCUCCUCUUCCAGACCAGUUCCUUCUUGUUCGAUUCCCGUCGCGGCGUCUCUCUUGGCGCUGACUUUGCAGAUAGGAGCAGUCAGGCUGUUGGAGUGUGCGAGACUGGGCCGUCUUAAGCUGUGUCAUGUGUUGCCUGGUGUUUUUUGUGUGUGUGUGUGUGUGUGUGUGUGUGUGUGUGUGUGUGUGUGUGUGUGUGUGUGUGUGUGUGUGUGUGUGUGUGUGUGUGUUUGAGAUUAUGAGCAGCCAGACUUGCUCUGUAAUCUGUUGUAGCCGUUUGGACUGUUUCCUCUUGAAACGAGCAGGUGUUUACUGUGACAGAGCUGUUACAGGAAGUAAGGACUGACCCUGAACAGAAAUGGGAUGUGAUUUAAUGAAGUCCUGCGUCCACAGAACCUGGUGUACUCUGAAAUUUCAGAACUCAUGAAGAGGAAAAUGGGCGUGUAAUAAUUGAUAUGUUAGAUAAAUACAAAAAAGUGAUUUUUAGGAGAAAAGGUGUGGUAACUUUUAGUUUUUUUAUCACUAAAACACAAUUUCUACUUCUCCAAGAAUAACCACACAGCAGGUAUUUGGCUAAAAAUACUCAAUGAUAGUUUGAGACGAGGACGACUAGCUUGGAUUGUUUUGUAUUUUACAGACAGCACUUGCUAAUGGCACAGAGCCAGCUUGUCGCAUUUCAUCCAUAGCUUCAUAUCAGGAUGUUAGCAGCUACAACUGAUUUACUAUUCAACUCAGGAGCAACUUCUGAAACUAAAGGCAGCCAGAGUCUCAAGAGCAGUGAACACUUUCUAGGAGCUCUGAUGUAACUGUUGAGCAGCAGAAAUCCACAUCCAGCCUUGCCCUGAUUCGUCAUGCUUUGCCAUUGUUUUUGGUCUGACUAAUAACGUUAGAAAAUUGGAGUUUGAGCCCAGGGAGUGGGUAUGUUGUAGAGUUCACUAACAUGCAAAUGUUGAUAAUGUUUAAUAAAAUAAUACACUCUCUGACCCGUUUACAAAAAGUAUCGUUUACAGUCACCUGAAACGCCGUUUCUGUGUGGAUGAAACGCCGAUAUGACAAAAAACUUUAACGUUUACUCCUGAAUCUGUUUCCGUGGUGACGGGUUGAUACCGCCUUCAGACAGACUUUGCAGCGGGGAGUGGUUUACUCUUCAUCUGAAACUGUGAAGUCGUAUCAAUUCAACACGACUGACUCACUCUUGUCCCAUUUAACCACAAAAUUAUCGCCUUCUUUUGCAAACCCCAUGUUUGUUUACACUGGUGUGUGGGAAGGGGGAGCCUACGGUGUCCUGGAGGCACGAGACGUGAUAGAGAGGAAAAUCAAUUUGGUUUUCAUUUUUUUUAACUUUGUCAUAAUCAAAUAAUCUGAUGGUGAUUUAAAAUCGAUUAAUCGUGCAGCCCUAACAAUGUAAAACAAUUCAUACAGUCUUGCAUCUUAGUUUUAUUCUUAUUCGUAUAAAUGCUGCUCUGCUUCACCAGUGUGGUCUGAAACCUCGGCCCGGAGGCAGGAUACAACUUAUUCUGUGAAAAACUGAUUAUUUUACACUAUUUCUAAACUAUAACACUGGAGUACAUUCACAAACUGUCAAACAGUUUCAGUUCGGUGUGCCGUUAUUCAGGAAUUCCAGUUUGAUCACUUUUCCCGUUUCAUUCUCUUUAAUUCCGUGUUGGUGAAACUAUUGUUCCCCGUGACAGUUAGGCAUAUGACCGGUCUCAACAUGCCAGCCUGAGGACAUCCCUUAGACCCGAGUCUUCCAGAGUCUGCAGGCAGUUACCUCCCAUUUUGGCAAGUUCCUCCAUGUAGUUUCACUCACAGGUCUACGUAGAUUCACAUUCUGAUCUGAUUGGCUGCACCUGUAUGCUUCACUCAUGGGUGGUACAUCUUCAAAUCGAAGUCAUAGAUUUUCUCCUUCCUUGAACAUCAGUGAGUCACUCGUCAGACUUGUUUUUUACACAUCGCCUGAUUUUCUGUAUUUCACGCCGAAUGUUCUGAGUCUUUAAACAUCCUCCUUGUUCUGUUUAUUUCACACAUAAUGUGACAUUGUCUCCAUCCCAGGUUUCCUCCAGGACCCACCAAUUCUGUUUGAGAACACGCUUUAACCUCGUGAGUCAAAUGAAGGCCACAAUUACAUAAAGUGCUGAGCUAUGAAUAGAGUCGGGUCCGCGCUUCAGUCUGGAGAGCUCUUCCAGUGUCAAGGUUGUGUGUGGCUCUCUGCUCUUCCCCGGGUCCACACUGACUCUGUCCCCUGGUAACAGUCUUUGUGUAUGUCGCAGUGGUCCGGUUCUGCGGAGGAACGGGGAUGUUUUGACGUUUAACAUAAAUAGAUUCGCUCGUAUCUCCUGCUAUGCUGCCGUCUGCCAAUUAGCUCCGCAGGCUCGGACUUGCACAGACUUUUUUUUUGCUGAUUUAUUCUCCCGUUUGUCAUGCAUUUGAAAAAUCUGCACUCACAAAGGAACCCGGACCAGAUCAGCGCACGUCUCAGCCCACACAUGUCAGAGUAAAACAGGUUAAUGGAGAUUCGCAGACGGAUAAAGCAGGCUUGUAAAGUCAAGCCGGGGUGAAUCAGAGUGAUGUAAGUGCUGCGCUACGUUACGCUCAAACCUGCGCCGUCUUCGCGCUCUUAGGCGUCAAACUGCCAAAUGGAAAUCAGUGCAGGUUUACUUAAAGAAAGAUUUAAUGCUUCUGGUGCACUCAAGGACAUGAAGAUCACCUCGAGUGACUUUUAACGACAUUGAAAGUGAUCUAUCCAGUCUGACUUCUCCUUACUUUGUUUUUACCUCCAAGAGAUCUCUAAGGUUUAAGGGCCCGCUUACCUCCACUGUCGUGACAUGUAUUUGUAAUGUGAAGCAAAGCCUUUGUCAGCUUUGAGUCGUUUUUUUCAAAAAGAGUUAAAAGAACCUGUUUUCUGAACUCUGUCUUCAGUGUGAGGGUUGUCUAACACGGCCGCUUUGAUCCACAUACCUGUCAUUUCUCCGAGCUAAACGCCACUUCAGGACGGAGAACAAAGUGCUCAGAGCUAAAGAGCUGCUUCAUACAGGGAGGCAAUAACAGAAUCACAGAGAGAGAAAGAAGUGCUGAUGGUUUUACUCGAGGGUUCGAGGGUUUUCCUGUCGUCCUCAUGAAGGAACACAAAAGCUUCAGCUGUUAAGUGGCGAGUGUCAGAUUUCUAUCACCAGGAACACUCACCUUACACACCGCUGAGACGGUACAGGUUUCAUCAUAUAGGGGAUUUCACUCCAGUCCAACAUGAAUCUAUUAUUGUUGUUCCAACACUCAGAGAACAUGAUGAUCUCAGGCUGUUAGUGCCACGCCUAGUGCCCCCAUGAGCCUAUUUGAAUGAAUAAGCAGAGCCGUGUAAGACUGCUGUAAGUGACGCCACUCUCCACAAACUGGUCCUGCAUCAGAGGGACCGCGCACGUGCACACAUAGGGCCCUAGGGGUGCUUGACAAAAACAAUCCUCUACCUAAGGCCAUAGCGCCGGCACUAAAAGUGUUAUUACCGUAACUCCGUCAAAGUUUGUCCGAUCAGAAAAAUGUCAGUGGCGUUGGAAAGCUAAGAGCUGUGGACGUGUGCACAUAUAUGAUUCACUACAGUAGGAAGUAUCGACAGAGCGCUACACAGCUUCUCAAUGCCGUAACUCCUUGAAAGUACGGUAUAUAUUACGGUAAUCUUGAACUGUACCACCAAAACCACAACUUUGACAGGAGCGAUGGAGAAAAGGAGAGUAGAGGAAGAGAGUGAAGUAACAGAGCAAGCAAAACACUCAGUACGUUUACAUGACACUAGAGAAAACUGAAUUAUCGCCGUACUCCGAUUCAGACCGGACAACUGAAGUGCAUGUAAACACCUUAGACCAACUAUAAUCAGAGUUGGAGAACUACGAUUAAGACACCCAGAUAAUGCGAUUGGAAUUCAAUUUUCUCUACCAUGUAACCAGCGUAGUUGGAGUACGAUUAGACAAUGCAUGUGCGCCACACCCCCAUAACUCCGGAACAAAAACACCAGAGAAGAGGAGUAGCGUACGUCUCAUCUGCAGAAAAAGUAGUGCGUACAUCAUGUAGGACAAAAACAACGCUGUACGACACUCCAUCUUCUUGCUCCAAAACGUCCAGCAGCAGUUGUAGACAGUUCUGACGUCUGACACCUGCUGUUGUUGGUGACAGCGCUGCUGAAAACUUUUGGGGGAGGAGGACACGUUCACGUCAAUAAUUCAGUUUACACGGACAAGGAGAGAAGUCCGAUUCAGUGAAAAAAACAAAUUAUGAGCUCUGAUUAAGCUCUGCAUGUAAACGCACUGAGUGUUUUUUUUGUUUAGAAAUAUCGUAAUAAAUAUUAGUUGAUAGUAGUAAAUAUAUAGUAAUAUAUGAAACGACCACUGCAGUGCGUAGAGGAGGAGGAGGAGAGCUGUUUGGAGAAGAGAGUUGUAGGUUAUCUGUGUUAGAAAUAUUACCAUCUGUAUUUAAACUUGAUUCAUGUCACGUUGACACAAAAGAAAUGGCAAUUUCAUAUCACUCUCACCUACACAGAACACACAGCUAAGUAGUUAGCUCUCUAUUAGUACUUUGUUUUUAAAUUUUACAUUAAUUUCAAUAUUGUGGGGAAAUAAAAUGGCACUUUUCCUAAAUGUGUCGAAGUGAGGACUUUGUAACAGCUCAGGUGGAUUUACCAAAAUGAUAUCUCUGACAUAUUUGAGUUUAGUUAAUAUUGUCAUGGUUAGUGCUUUAAAUGAAAGCCUCGCCUCUGUUUGGGACCAACUAAUCAUGUUAAAAUCUCCUUCAGAGCUGCUGGAUUAACACUCCGCCUGGAUUAGGGAUCCUGAGAGGUUUGGGUGCUCCACUUUUCAAGUUAGUUUUUUGGGGAUGUUUGUGAGGGAAAAAUUCAUUUUCACAUUUCUACUUAUAAAUAUUUCCACCCCCCUAUAGAGAAUUAGAGAUAUAAACCUCGGACACAUAUUUAUCUGUUUUUUAUUUAAUCUGAAAUUUAAAACUGAGUAACAUAAACUGUCAUGAUUCCUUAAAUGAAUCUCAAAUAUUGAGUUUAGUUCAUGUUUAUUGGUCCAUUAAUAACAGUUUAAUCUGUUUAUAUUGUUCUUUUCCUCCCCUCAGGCUUUUCAUUCUUUUCAUGCUCUGAGCUGCACUGAGAGCUGAGUGAUCACAUGAUCAAGUCGCACUGUGACAUUUCAAACUGUGGAUGGGCGUUUUUUUCAGACUCAUUUGUCACAGUUCCCUCUAAAGUGAGUUUACACUUUCCUCCUUCCAGACAUGAACAUUCGUGGGAUUCCUCGUUAACACUAAGUGAUGAAGUCAGUUGGAGGGCAACAGUUCAUCGCAGACUAACAUCUGAAAUUCAGUCUCGAGGGUUUUUUCAUCGUAUGUCAGUGAAAUUCCCGAUUUUCUUGGAUUUUGUCAGACAGAAUUUAACUCACGAACAGAAAACCACUGAUGCUGUUGUUAACCUUUCUUCACCAUACAUGACUCCAACCGUCAUCUCGUUUCCACGCAGGUCACCAUGUUGGCCGCCCAGUUUGAAAAAUGAAGCAUGAAUAAGUAUGAAUAGCGACUCUGAACAGAGAACCCAAAGUAUGUGUGCAGUUAUGUAAAUUCUAAACAUUGUGACAGUCACAUGAGAACAAUGGCAGAUGUGUUGACUUAACACACGCACGCACGUGUUUUGAAUGUUUUUAGAUUGUGGCGGGACAGCUACUGUCACUUGACCAUCUAUUUGGAAUAGUUUUUAUUGUUUCCCAUCAGUCACGACGGCUUUUUAGCUCAAAUAAUGUUGUUAUUACGUUGUUCAAUAUUGCAAUAACAGUAAAAAUAGUAAUAAAGUGGAUGUUAUGGCUCAUAGUUUGGUCCAUCUGCAGUGUUUCCCUGUUAUUGAAAAUGAUCAUGAUCAUGUCUGACACGCUGCAUGUCGCUGACCUUUAUCUGAGAUGGUGAAACCCUCCCACACCGUCUACAUUUUCUGUCGCAUUUGAAGCCGAGAACAUGCAGGUCAGCGUCGCGUCUCUGCUCCGUCGAGCAGCGCUCUUCGUCGCCCACAGGAUACGUGUUUGGAGCGUGUCAGCAGCGUAGUGCAGCCCCGGUCAGCUGGUCUCAGUAUAGAGGAAACAACAAGCUCACAACAGGUUGUUUUGCCUUUCUGUGGUCGAUUUCCUGAUAAUUUGGAUGUGAAAAAAAAGCAACGUGAUCUUACAGUUUGCGUUUUUGCAGGUUUACUCGUGUUUAAUAAAGUAAACGAUGUUCCUUUAUGCUGUGUUGUUACCUUCAGACAGAGUUAGCAGUUCAAAGUCCUGGAGUCUGGAGUCGACAAAUGGUGUUUUAUUUUGAAAGUUACCAGAUGACGUGCCGUUUCCAUGCUUGACAUCCUGUCUAGAGCAAUCUUCUCUGUGUAGAUUGACUUGGAUUGAUUGGAAGCGUAGAGAAAAUAGACUUGGAGCGGAUCUUUAGCAGAGUCAUGAACGACAUGCUUAUAUUAGUCUGUUAGUUUUAAACGAAUAAAUCAGCGUUGCCUUCUGACAUUGGUGCACGAUACAUGAUUUGCAGAUGGGCUGAUCUCUGUCAUCUCUUACAGAUGUUAUGCCGAUACAUUGGUCAGCUGAACAGUGUUCAUUGAUGAAAUCAUUUUAAUAUGAAUGGAUGUAUUUAACAGUCCCCUGCUGGAUUAUAUGUUCAGUCAUUUACUGAUUAGAAUAAUGUUUAUUCAGAUUUCAAAUAUCUCAUCACGUUUUAAUCUUUCCUAACAUCAACAGUAUCUUUAUUUUCUCACAUAAAAGACGUUUAAAUUCUCCUGAUUCUUCAGAAUUUUCCACAAACAAAAUCUGAUUCCUGGUUCCUGACCCUGCAGCAUCCUCUGGGAGUCAGUUUUGAGCCGAGUGACUCAUUGUCUUUGUCCCUAAGUCAAGCCUCGGGCCGUGUCUGAUGUGUUUUUGUAAGUCUGCGGGAAUCUUUGGUUCUUGUCUAUUUCGGUCCCCUCCAAAGACGUAAACCUUGUAACUUUCCUGAUCAUGUUCUUUACAUGCCAAGGUCGAUUUUUCUUUAACCCCGUAACCUUUUUGUUUCAGACACUAAAACUGCAGCUCAGAAAUGGUCAGUCUUGAUGCUGAUAGCAGGUAACAACACCGCGAGAGCUGCUCCUCGGUCUCGGGCUUACGGAGCUUUCAUGUGGGAGUUUCAAAAUAAGGCCAAAAUAUACAUUUUAUAUAACUAAAAACUAACUAUAACUAUAAUUACCUAUCAGUAAUAAUCGGUAUCGGCCCUAAAAAAAAAUCCGUAGUCCUGUUUGAAGGUCAUGAAGAGGCGUCACCCUCAGUUCCAGACUGUUUCAACACCAGUUCAAAACUCCUCACAGGAGCUUUAAUCGGUUUUAAUCAAGUUUUAUUGAUGUGGUGAUUCAUUUGAUAUGAAUCUUCAGUAUUUCCUCUUUUCAUGAGACACAGAAACAGUCACCCGCACUGACAGAAAAACCUGUAUUUUAUCUUUUGGCUGACUUUUGCCCUCAUAUAUCCACGUUCGUGAAAGCAGGAAUAACUUCCUCUAAUUCAAAAACAACCUCAACUCUAAGACGCCUCGCAGAAACAAAAGUCGGAGUGACCUUGUGGACUUAGAGCUAUUUAUUCUAACGCAGCUUCUUCCAGCCCGACAGAGGAAGCUGUUUACAAAGUCACUGUGGUUACUAAUGUAGUGCUUCUGUGUGUGUGUCUGUGUGUGUUUGUGUGUGUGUCUGUGUGUGUUUGUGAAGUGCGUUCUGGUGCAGUAGCUCCACAUUUCCCUGACAAAGGAAAGUUAUGGCCCUCCCGAGUCAUAGAUCUCACAGAUUAUGACCGCAGGAAUGUUUUUCUGCUACAGUUUCUGUGUACAUUUUUGCUGCAGUUACACCGACACUGUGCAGUCAUGUAAAUGAUUGAUGGAGUUUUUUUCUGUUCGACGUAUUUAAAGAGAGAGAUUUCAUUUUUACAUGAAGUUGACAUGAACGCAAAUAUUGAGCUGUGAAAGUUCUUGUAGCGCUGAGAGAUCAAGCUUUUACACAACAUACAAGACAAAUAAGAAAAUAUGACUCCAGCUGUUUUGUCCUGGUUUUUAAUUCUUCUCUAAUGCUUUUUCUCAGCGCAAAGAGAAGUUUGUACAAAAUGUUUUUCAGCGUGCACAAAGAGCCAUUGUUGCAGCCACACGAUCCGCACAAAAUCUGGCCCGAACUCAAGUGUGUAAGACUCAACCUGGCUGAACCUGACCUGCAGGUUCCUUCAGAAAUUUAACCUCUUAUAUUUGAGCUCUCCGCUUCUUUUCAAAAAACAAAUACUUAGACUUGUAAAACAAUAUUUGUCAAACAUUUGACAUGUCGUAGUGAGGGAUCUUUUGUGAAAGCGACGUGUCUGCGGUUGAUUUAAGGCACCUGCUCUGAAUGACACCGUAAAUCAUUGGUCCUGAUGGUGACAGCUUCAUCAAACCUCCUCCUUCAAGAUGCUUCUGUCGGGCUGAGAGCUUCUUUCCCAACAGUGAAGUCAUAAUACAGAGCAGACCUACAGUCAGGGGUCAUAAAGUUCCCAUAAUGAAGCUGAAAUCCCAGAAUCUCGUGGGACUUCAGGAAGCUCCCCUUCAGCAUAAUUUCGUUUCAUUUCUCUCAUCAGUAGCUGAUAGAGAGGCAGCGCUUUAGCCGUGUGGUCUGUUGACGUUUUUUCCUUGGAAACAUGAGCGCAGAGAAGACUCGACUCUAACCCUACCAGCUCAGAGACUUUACGGGGAAAACAGAGGGACACUCUGUUUGUCAAUUACAUUUAUAAACUGUGGUCUUCUACCUCCAAACAGCUGAUAAGUGAUAAGAAAUGCUUUACUGUAGAGAACUGGGCUCCAGAAAUCUUAGUGGAGGUGGUUUAUGGUUAAUGGUUCACUUAAAGCAGUUCUCAUGAAAAACCAUCUCUGCGUUUUGAUUUUGCAUAUUCAUCUUUCCUUUAAAAACAGAAAACUAGAGAGGGGCCCAGGAGCAGUGCAUGUUAGCUCAUUUUAGGAUGCAAAUAACCCGAUUAAUGGCCCUUGACUUCUCGGAAGGACACAGCGCCUUCGCCUCAGAGGAAAGAAGAUAAAAACCAAAGAAAAGAUAUUCGCAGUUGUAGAUUUAGGAGGAGUCGUGAGCAUUUUUUGAAUUUUCCAGAAAGAACAAACACUCAAAAAUAUUUGUUCUGUCUUUCUUUGGCCGGAUACCGACAUUAAAAUAACAAUCCAAGCAACACCUGUUUGAUUUUAAGGGUCAUGAAAAGGUCUGCAGAGUUUCUGUGUUGACAAAAACGUGGUUUAAAACCGUGUGCUGACAUUCAAACCAAACAUACCAACGGAUUUAUUCACCAACAUGCAGAUAAUAUUAAAUAUUCAAUAUUAGGAGACAGUUUUCUGGUUUGUUAAUUAUGACCCAGGUCUCAUGUAGGGCUGCUCGAUUCAUCGAUUUUCAAUCACAAUCGGAUUAUUUUCAGUUUCAGAUGAAGAGCAAACCACUCCCUGCUGCACAGUCUGUCUGAAGGCAGUAUCAACCCGUCCACAAGGAAAUGCUAAAGUUUUGUGUCGUAUCGGCGUUUCAUCCACACGGAAACGGCGUUUGAGUUUUUGAAAACGGGUCAGAGAGUGAAUAAAUCUGUAAACGACGACCAUUUCAUCUCCGUGUGGAUGUCUAUCUGCAUCUCUGGAAACGAUCAUGUGACACACAGAGUAACUCUUUUAUGGCGCCUGAGCGUGUCCGACCAAAACAACCUUUAUACACAUGCUCUGUACUCUUCUUCUGUCUUUUGUGCAUUUCCUCUGAAGCGUUACAGCGCCACUUACUGGUUUGGCAUAUGCACUACAUCGUUAUCAGUGGUUUCGUUUUGAGAGACGAUAGAAAAACUUAUUAUUAAAGUGAAGUUUGGUGAAGUUGUCACUGAAUAAAAGAAUCUAAGUCUAAAAUUGAGUUUUCAGAGAAAAAAAUCUGGAUUUUAUUUUUGGCCAAACUUCUGCAGCCCUCCUUUCAUACAUUCAUGUUAGUCUUCUGUGCUGGUCUUGGGUUCAAAAGGAUUUAUUACUCAAAGACAGAAGAUCUUGAUAUUUGUCAGUCUGUUCAUGACCAACAGUUAAUGAAGUCUCGAGCUCUUGUUGACUCACUCAUGAGCUUCAUUUCUUUUGUGUUUUUGUUGUUUUUCGUCACCAGAAACAUCUGGUCUGUAUUUGUUGUUGUUGUCGUCUGUCCCUCCACUGAUAUCACAGAACACUGAAAGUCAGUCACUUUGUGUUGAAGUCAGUUUGUACUGAUGUUUAGCGGUUAACCCACUCUCACAGCUCGACACUCCACCAUGCACCUCCACAUGUUUUUUCAUCAUUGUUUAAAAACAGCUAAUGGACCCACACAGAGUCCUCCCUCCUGCGUUUGCUGACUCAGUGUUGAAUAUUCUGGAAAAUUAACAGCUCAUGUUAAUCACUUAGCUUAGUAAGCAGAUUGUGUAACCUGCAUGCAUCAGCGUCAAAGCACAACACAAAGUUAAAUCAAACUCUGUUUUUACCGUCAGUCCAGAGCUGCACAGGUUACCUUUAAACUGACUCGGUGCUGCAGCUCAUUUUUACUUUGUUUACUCAUUUCUCGUCUCUUGGUUUCCAUCUGGAAAUGAUAUCCAUGCGCUCAUCUUUAUGUAACUUCUGAAUCUCAAAAGUGGAGCCAUCUUUUUAAAACUUGUCCACAUUGCUGAUAUUUGACACACUUUCCCCGAGUUUCAACAGAGCAAAGAAAAAACCCUGUUUAUCAGUUUGAUCGUGGAUUGAAUACCAUGUAAAACCUCAGCUAGACCGGUUCUGUGGCUCUCUCUAUUAGAGCCGUUAUGUAAGUUUUAAAAACAUCUCGUGAGCCUUCACUACUCACUUUUUUUUCCCUUUUUAUCUCAGAUUUAUUGCCAGUACCUGCGCCCGGAGUCUCCACAUUCAGUCAGGUGUUGGACGGAGAGCUCAGCCUAAUGCAGUGCUGGAGAAAGUGUUUACAUCCAUCACGCAGGUUUGCUCUCAUUCCUGACAUGUUUCUGCUCCUUUUAGAGAUGGAUUUGGGUCGGUAAUGGAUGAUAUGCCGCAUAAUUCACGCUGUGUGUGUCAGCCCAAGAUAAAAGGAUAACAGCCCAGAGUUGUUCAGAUCAUGUGAGGAGGGGAAAAGUCAAGGUAUCAAACAAAACCUAUUCAUCUGACAUUAUGUACAUCAUACGAUCAAAGAGGGGAAAACUUUCCCGAUCGUGAAUUCCCUGAACAAAGAGGUCGAACAUCUGCACUUGUGUUAGUAAAAUCAAAUCAGUUCAGCUUUUAACACCCAGGACUAAAUCGGUUUGUUUGGUGAAGUGAAGGAACUGAGAUUGACGAAACUGUUGAGUAAGGUCGAUUCUGGGCCUUGAUUGUAACUUCACUUCGUUUGUGACAACUUGCAGUUUUCCCUGAAACUUAAAAAGCAAGCUUCACCCCUAUCUGUUUAAUAUUUGCUGACUUCACAUCCUCCCGUUGAGUCUGUUAUCUUAAGAUUGUCGGAGAUCAAAACCCAAACAGUGAAACAUCAGCAGAAUUGUGGUAUGCUAAUGCUUGUGCUUGAUACUGUAGAUGUGGUGUAAAAAAAAAAAAAAAAACCUUGGCUUUCAUCCUCGUGGCGCUCUUUGAUCCAGCCUGAGCCGUUUCCCGUUUCCUCUCUCUCCCUUUGACCAGAAUCCAGACUCUCGCCACCUGACCGGCCUCUCAAAGCAGCUCGACUGGGAGGUGCGAAAGGUCCAGCGAUGGUUCAGACACCGCAGGAACCAAGACAAACCCAGCACACACACUAAGUUCUGCGAAAGCAUGUAGGUCAAUAGCGCACAGCGGUUCUGUUUCGCGUGGCGUGAGAGUGGUGUGACACUGACGAGGUUUGGGGUGUGAGUGGACGUGUUUUCACUGAAUUUUAAAUCAUUUUCUGUGUUAUUGGGUUUAUUUUUUCUCCUUUACUUCCAGGUGGAGGUUUACAUUUUAUUUGUGCAUAUUUACAUAUGGGUUCCAAUUUCUGUGGCAGGUGGGCACACAUUUGUUUAAUUGAAAAUAUUUCGAUGGUUCAAACACGUAUUUGCACGUUUGUGUUGAACUCAAAUGUGUUUGUCUUUAGUGUCCGUGGAUGUGGGAUACUCGGCAUUGCUGGUACGGAUACCCUUAUCAGGUAUUUAACCCUCUGUCUAUGUAACACAUCUACAGCCUCGGGUUUCACCUCCAAGUUAAACCAGAAGGAUAUGAUCUUUUAAUAGUAAGACUUUGAACCUCUGUAAACUGGUGCACAGUCAGUCAUGAACUGCAGAAAAGUAGCUCUUGUUGACUUUUACCUUCUCCUUUACCUCAAUACACGCAAGCAAACAACAGCAGCAUUGUUAGCAUAUGUUGACUUUUACCUGGCUGCCUUUUUUACUGUUCCUACAAAGAUAAAAUAAGUCAUAAAAAGCAGUCAGACAAGGAACAUCAGUGCGAUGUCCUUGUGUUCCCGUUGUUUCACUCCCAUCAUAGUUAAUGGACUGUAUUUUAUACAGAGCUUUCUCUUAGCUCUUUUAUGUCUCAUUAACAAUUCACUCCACAUUCGUACUCCGCUGGCAAACAGAGGCUGUGAUGUAAAGCAUGAGUUAGUAUUAACUAAUCCCUUUACACACAGCGACCUAGAGCAGUUUGGGGUUUAAAUGUUUGGUCCCGGUGUGACCUUUUAAGUGAGAGAGGAACAACUUUACCACCGGGCCACAGCUCGAGUCUGAGUCCAGUAUCAAGUCACAAAUGGUUGAGUCUGAAGCAAGUCCGAGUCGCCAAAAAAAAAAAAUCCAAGUCAAAUCUGAGUCACCAAAAAAAAUCCUGAGUGGAUUCUGAGUCCCCUAAAAAACUCCAAGUUAAGUCAAGUCACCAAAGACAAAAAUCAGUCGAGUCCAAGUCCCCCCCCCAAAAAAAAAUUAGUCAAGUCCAAGUCACCAAAAAAAGAACCUUAGUUGAGUCUGAGUCACCAAAGAGAAAACUCACUCCAGUCCGUGUCACUAAAGACAAAAAUCUGAGUCGAGUCAAAGUCACCCAAUAAUCCAUGUCAAGUCCGAGUCACCCAAAAAAAAUCAGUCUUGUCCGAGUCACCAAAGAAAAAAAUCCCAAUCGAGUCUGAAUCACCCUAAAAACAAAAAAAUCUGAGUCGAGUCAGAGUCACCAAAAAACUCAAUCAAGUCGGAGUCACCAAAUAAAAAAAUUUGAGUCUUGUCCGAGUCACCAAAGAAAAAAAUCCCAAUCGAGUCUGAAUCACCCUAAAAACAAAAAAAUCUGAGUCGAGUCCAGGUCCAGUUCUCAGUACCCCUGUCCAAGUAAUAGAAAAGUCCCCAGAGCCAAAGCCUGCAGUCAUUAAUAUGAUGUUAUGAUUUUUUAAACCUUUUGUGUGUGUGUGUGUGUGUGUGUGUGUGUGUGUGUGUGUGUGUGUGUGUGUGUGUGUGUGUGUGUGUGUGUGUGUCUAACCCAAUACUGAGACAAAUGCAGACUUUCCUGUUGGGUCUUUUUAUCAGUCAGGUCUGUCACCGUUUCAUUGCUGUUAAAUUAGAAAUAAAUCAGAGUUUUGAAGUGAAGCUCUAACAGAUCUGAGCUGGAUAGGAUUGACGGUUUGAUCCUAUUUGAUAUGCAGGUUUGUGUUUCUAAAGAUAGACUGAUAUUAGUUUAUAUGUGAGCUGCUAUUUAAAGAGCGCUCCCUUCCUUACUUUCACUUUCAAAGGUUUCCUUCUCACUGAGCCCACACUUUCACCGAGGCUGCAGACUAAGCAAAGCUUCCCACGCCUCAUUGCUUAAGUAAAUCACUGGACCAGGAUCUUUCUCUGGACCAGGAUCUGUGUAGUGAUUAUCCUUUCACCCUCACUGUGUUGUUGUUUAAAGUGUUAUUUUUUUAAGACACUAAUAAGACACUCAUGUCAGCUGCCUCCCUGAACCUGUCCUACCAUCUCUUGUCCUUCCAGGUCAUGACCCCGGGUCUAUACCACUACUAUGUGACAGAGCUGGCCUUCUAUUGGUCACUCAUGUUCUCCCAGUUCACAGACAUUAAAAGGAAGGUAAGAAGAACUGCAGGUACUCUUGUUUCUCUUAGACCACACAGCUGCCACUCCCAGUGAAGCAUUUGUUAAUACAUCUAUUGUUCCUCAUUGGCUGUCGCAGAGAGGCUGUGUGCGGGGAUAUGCGUCUGCGCGCCUUUUUAACACAGACUGCAUGAUGCAAGAUGUGUUUUUUGUUACCAGCUCUUACAUUUGUGAUCAUUUUUGGAGGGUCACAUGGUGAUGUUUCUGUCCGGGGGGCCGGUGGGAGCGGGGCUUGGUGCUGCUCAGUCUUUGGAUUUUCAGCACGAGGGCACCCAGUGUCAUGUGAGAGCUGGAUGGAGCGGGCCUAACUCAAUUAGAAUAACAGAAAUUCCAGCGCAGGAGUUAGUUACAGCCACAGAAUGUUUAAUACAGCCAGUGAUAGGAAUGAGACACUAUAACAGAGCUGAUCCUGAGUGACAUUUACUUGUGUCUUCAUUGUUGUUCAGGAGAAUCACUGAAGGUGUUUGUUGCACUCUGCUGGUUUUAUAAGCUCAGUCUGUCUAUAUUUGGAAUAACUUUUUCUUUAACCUGAAGCAGUCUUCCACAUUUUUCUGAUAACUUUCUCCUCCCCCUCAGCUGUUUGUGUUUGAACUUCUUCAGACCCUGAGUGUUAAGUAAUGCAGCCCUCCUGAGUUUGCAGCCCACUUGUUGAAUCCUGCAAGUCUUGACAAAGAUUCAAACUCACAGAAAGGCAGACUUUACAACUCCAGUCUUUGUGUUGUGAACAUCUUUUAAUUUGCUGUUCUGUGUUUUUUUUGGGGGGUAAAUUUGACCUUUUUAUGUCAGGCUCCAUCGUUUCACUUACAAAUGUUUCAACAAAGGAAGUUCUCGCCCUCAAGGUUAAUAGAAAGACUUGGAUGAAGUUUAUUUAACCGUAGAGGUGUUAUUUAAAAACAAAUCAAAACUCCUUAUUGAUGAAAACUCUUAAAAAAUACCUUAAUCUUGACCUAAUGAGAAAUCUCUGGGUAUGCUGGUUUCAAAAAGGCACCAGAGUUUUGUGUCAUCCAAGGCUGUUCUGGACCAGCCGGACCUCUCAAAAAUACUGCAGCAUUGAUAUUAAAACAGGUUUGGCUAUUCUUAGAUAAUUAUUUUGCAAAAAUGUUGUAACUUACUGUCAAAAAUAUGCAAUAAAUGUUAAUCAGGGUAUCUGCGGGUUAGAGCUGCACGAUUUUAGCCAAAAAUAAAAUCUCGAUUUUUUUUUUCUCUGAAAACUCAAUUUUUCCAUUUUGAUUUUUUAUUCAGUGACAACUUCACCAAACUUCACUUUUAAAGUAAAAAGGUUUUCUAUCAUUUCUGACUGACUCGCUCUUGUCCUAUUUAGCCACGAAAUUAUCGCCUUCUUUUACAAACGCCAUGUUUGUUUACACUGGUGUGUGUGGGAAGGGGGAGCGCUCCUUCAGGAAGGGGGAGUCUACGGUGGCCUGGAGGCACGAGACAUGAUAGAGAGGAGAAUCGAUUUGACGAUUUUUUUUACAUUAUCAUAAUUAAAUAAUCUGAUGUCGGUUUAAAAUCGAGUAAUCGUGCAGCCCUACUGCGGGGCCUUCAAUCCAGUAAUUUGAAUUUAAGGCCUUAAAAUGUCUGAAACUCACUUAAAAUCUCAUAAAAUGCCUUUGAUACGAUUUGAAAGGUCUUAUAUUAACUUGUUCUGAUUCCCUUCAUGUCUUUUGUACUUUUUUUGCCGGUAUGGUAUAAAAAGGGUCUUAAAUUGAAUUCAUCACGGUCUAAAAAAAGUCUUAAAAAAGUCUUAAAGAGUCUUAAAUUUGACUUGUUGAAACCUGCAGAGACACCCUGUUAAUAUACAUAUAUUCAUCAACCAAACCUCAUCAUAUUAAGUUAAAUGUAGAUGUUAAAACAUUUAGGAAGAAUCCAUUUCUUAAUUCACUGCAGACCUCUCUCUGUCUGUCUCCGUGUCCACCCCUCUGUCCUCUGCUGUCAGUCCAGGUGACUCGCUGUCAGACGCACAUGUCUCUGACCUGAAGCUUCAGCUCAAGUCUCUUCAGCUGUUUGUGUUUUUGUCUCAUUCUGCUCAUCGCUGUUAAUCUUUCACCCAGAUCUGCUCUCUUUGUCCAAGUUAGGUCUCAAAAGUCAAGAGCUUCAGCUGAGUCAGAUUAAAGUUUAAUUCAGUCUCCUUGGAAAAGUCUAUAUCGAUGAAAAUCACAACAUGAUAAAAGCAGUUUCUGUUUUAUGAUGCUGCAACAUUUGACCUACCUUCUCUCUCUCCGGCUGCAACAAUCAGACCUUUGAUACAGCGUUACGUUAGCACACAGAUACAGUAACAGAUCAUAUAAACCAAAGCAAUAACUACAGGGCGGAGUGAUCAGUCGUAUCAAAGAACCGCGUCACAAUUCUUUGCAUCACUGAAUCAGUAAUGGUGUGAUUUUUUCAAUAAUAAAGCUGAAAUUUCAUCCCUCGCUGCAAACUUGAAGCUCUUUUGAACCAUUUGAAGUUAGUAAUGUGCUAUUGUAUUGACUUUUAUUUUCUAUUCUAUGUUAUUUAACUUUAUUUUAAAUCUGGUGUUUGCAUUACUGUACUAACUAAUGUGGUUUAUGCCCUGCUAUGUGCUCAGUAGGUUUAUGUCCUUGAAUCGAUCGGUAGUUUUUGAUCUAUGUUAUGUUUUCUCAGUUAUUAUAAUGGAGCAUUCAUCCUCUCAUAAGGCAGAUGUGUUUGUCGCUCACUGGGAGGUUGUUGGGCAGUUAAAUUUGUGGGUCAAACCACCACAAGAACCACAAUUCCUCUCCAUGUCCGCUUUCAGUUCUCUGUUGCAUUUCCUCUGUGGUACUCGAGUCAGAGAUGCAUAACAAAGAGGUGUCAGAAUCACUCUGAAUAACGAGGUGGGGUAGAUAUAUGAACAUGUUUUAUUGAUUUCAGGACUUCCUGAUCAUGUUCAUCCAUCACCUGGCGACUGUCAGCCUGAUCAGCUUCUCCUACGUCAACAACAUGGCGCGAGUAGGAAGCCUGGUGAUGUGUGUGCACGACGCCUCGGACUUUCUACUAGAGGUGAGUGAUGGUCGUGUCUGUGAUGUCUGUCCAAAUUUGCUCCAACUUUUAGCCCAUGCGGUGAUUCCCACUACAGAGUCAUGACCUUUUACAGCCUUGUCCCUUCUGUACAGAGACUCCUCCAGAUUUUCUGAAUCUUUAGAUGAUAUUUUGACCUUUAGACGAUAAAAUGCUUUUGGUGAUGAACCUCUACCUAUACUCUGUCAUGUUACAAACUGAGUUUAGCCGUGUGAUGUUCCUCUGGGACAUUUUUCUGUGUUUUUGUUGUCUCUGUCUGAACUUUUUUGACACUUGUUGCCUCCAUCAAAUUUACAUGGUCUGAUAUGUUUUCUUUGCUCUGUUUUCAGCCAAGUGUAAAUUUGAUAUGAUUUGGAAACCAUAAAAAUAUAUUCAUUUGAGCAUUUUACACUAAGGUGACCAUAUUCUGAAUCCUGGCGUGGAGUUGUGGAGUCACACAUAGUAAAUUUUGAGGGUUUUUCGGGUCAGGUUGUGUGUUUUUUACGCACUUCUAACUUGGUUAGUCCACACUACGCAAACUUAAAACUUCCAUACAAAACCCCGGACAUUUGAGGGAUUUUAAAAACUCCCCCAGACAGACCGGACAGCCCCGAAAAAGAGAACAUGUCAGAGUAAAAGAGGACGUAUGGUCACCCUAUUUUACACAGCGUUUCAGCCACUUUAUAACUGUGUACAGAGUCCUGAUCAAAAUGAAAGUAUAUUUGGUGAAAUGUGGCCUCUGAGUGUUUGUCACCUCUGACACUGAACACAUGGUUAAUAUAGAAACAGACAUAUAUUGUCUCAGCUUUUGUUGAUACUGCUGACACAGUGUUUAUAUGACUUAAACCCUCAUAUACGGUGAAUCCUUCUUCUGUUUGUGAUUCUGUAAAGCAUCUUUUUCCCCAAACAGUGAAGAUAAAUAGUGAUUGACCGAAAUCUAAACAUACACAGAUCAUCAGACGAAAAGCAGCUCUUCACACAUAUCUGUGAUCACGACCUUUCACAUCUGUUUCUCUCUUCUUCUACAGGCCGCCAAGCUGGCCAACUACGCUAAGUACCAGCGCCUGUGUGACUUCCUGUUCAUCGUGUUUAGUGUGUCGUUCUUCAUCACAAGACUUGUUAUAUUUCCAAUAUGGUGAGUUCACAGUGUAAAUGUCACAGCAGAUUAAACACCUCCAUGGUUUUAGCUCAUGAAUGUUUAAAGAAAAUGUAGUUUCUAAGAAAACACCUGACUGCUGUUUAGAAGAAACCCUAAAAUAAGAUUUAACAAUCAGAGGAGGAAAAACUUCCCCUCACAGUGUCUGACAGUAUUUUACACUCUGGAGAUCCCUGUCAUGUUUGGGGUUAAAGGAUCCUUCUGGAAGCGGCUCAUCCUUGACAGGGACCUGGAUGUUGAAGCUCAGCCUCCAGAGAGCCAGACAAAAGAGAGCCGAUCAUUGGUGAAAGUAACCCGAGCAGCUAUAUUCAGUGUCUUGGUGUGGAUGAGUGAUAAAGCUAGUGUUGCCGGCGCGGCUUCUCUGGACUGAAAUCCAAACCUCUGCAGGGGGAGGACGGUCUGUUGACUACCUGCUGUCACUCAGCUGGAUUUAAAGGAAGCCAUGACCUCACCUACACUCACCUGACUGACUGCACACUCAAUCCACGGAGCUCCCCUGCUGGGUUGUCACUGACGUCCAGAUGGGACUUUUAUUCUGCGCUCUUAUAAUUGGUCUCAUUAGAGAAGUGCUGACUAAUCAAACGAAGGCACAGUUUGACUUCUCGUUCCCCUCACUGGGAUAAAUUAUGCACACAUGCAUGAGUGCGCACAAGUCAAUAAUAUUCCCACUUGCCCGUGUAUUUGUCCACUUGUUUUCCAGGAUCCUGAACUCCACUAUGUUUGAGAGCUGGGCCAUCGUGGGACCGUACCCGUCCUGGUGGCUCUUCAACUCCUUACUGCUGGUCCUCCAAGUGCUGCAUAUAAUCUGGUCCUACCUCAUAGCCCGUAUAGCUAUCAAAGCCGUUCUACGAGGCAAGGUGGGUCCCUGCAGAAACCACAUCCCAAACUGUUUAACAAAGUUAAGUGUUUCAGCGGGGGGAAGAAAAGGAGAACUUUUGCACACCUGCAGCGUGGACUAUAUUUAGAGAACAGAGUGUGAGAUGUGAAGCCAGAAAACCGCCUUGAUAAGUGCUGACUCAUUGCACUGGGGGAGUCAAGUCAAGAACCGGGCUGGGAGUCAGGUCGACAGAGAGGAGACAGGAAUGAAACGAAUCUGUAAAACAUCAGUCCACCGUGGAACAGCUGUGUAUUUAAAGGGAUAUUCCGGCGUAAUAUUAACACACCGUAACACAGAGUCAGACACCCCCUCCAGAGAUGAAUGUUGGCGAUCGCUUGCUUCUCUAGUUAGACCAACUUUAGUACUGUAGCUGGGACCCUGUAUGUCCUGUUGAUGAAGUUAGGUGCUGUUCUGAGCAUUAUUUGUGUCUAUAGAGUGGCUUUUGGGUUGAGGUUUGUUCAUGACUCCUCAGACCGCCGUAUAUUUUUAUCAUGCGGUCAUUACUAACGUUGGUCUAACUAGAGAAGCAAGUGGUCGGCAACAUUCAUCUCUGGAGGGGGGGUCUAACUCGGUGUUACAGUGUGUUCGACCCUAAAUUAAUUUUACGCUGGAAUAUCCCUUUAAUUUUAUCACUUAAUAACACACAAACACACCCUGCUGUACACUGAGAGUGAGCACACACAGAUCUAUAUGUGAUAAACUUAUCACUUAAGAUAUGAAGUCCAUUUUGAUAGAUUGUUUAAGGACAGCUAAAAGAGACAGGAAACGUGGCGAGUAGAGAGAGGAGCGAAACAGGCGAGAGGCUGAGGGUGUGAGGUGAACCAGCAACCGCUGCAACAAGGACGACAGCCUCUGUAUCUGGGACACUCUAGACCAGACCAGAGGAGCCUCUUUAUAAGGUCUUCUUGGUAACCACAUAACAAACAGAGAAUAGAUCUUUGUAUUCAGUGAUUCACAGAUAAUGAGACACAGUUAUUUUACUUCUAAAGAGAGCUACUGCUGUUUUUUUUUUAAUCGAAUUUGGAUUUAUUUAAAUACUUCAGACUUUAAUUCAGACAGAGACAAAGCUCCCAAGUUCAGCUCUCUCUUACAGCAGCGAGGUGGCUGUCUAACAUGAGUCUGGUCCUGCUCAAGGUUUCUGCCUCUUCAAGGGAAGUUUUUCACUCAUGUUAGAUAAGAUGGGUCAAAUCUGUCCCAUCUCAAGGUUGGGUCUUUCUGAUUCACUGAACAAUGAGCGUGGUCUAGACCUGCUCUUUUUUUUGGAAAGCAUCUUUGGGAUAGCGACUGUUGUGAUUUGGCUCGAUAUAAAAUUUGAUUGAUUGAUUAAGCAUUUUCCCCAACAUGUUUCAUUGAUUUAUUUGAAACUUUAUUCAAUCAAAAAGUCUUAUGUUCAUGUUCACACUCCUGAGUCAAACAGUCAUCAGCUAAAGCAUCUACAAGCUGAGAGAUCUAUAUCCAACACGUCAAAUCUACUCUGAGACCAGCGUCCUCAAAACCAGACCAGAUCCAAAUCUGUAGGAGCAGCAUACCUAAAACCCUGUCCUUGUGUGGAUACAUAAAGCAAAAAUAAACCAUGUGACUGAGUCACAGAGCGAAAGACUGAAGCCUUCGACAUUCUUUAAAUUCAUAAGCAUCAAAAGUUUCUAAAGACGUGUUUUAAUCUGAUUAUUUUCUUUUGCUUGCAACAGAUCGUGUGAUAAAUACUGAUAGUUUCAGCCUCUCUGUGAUAAUCUGCUGAGAGGUCAAACAUCAUACCGAACAUGAGAAAACUUUAUUUUACAUUUUUGUGUAAGCAGAGUUAGAAAAAUAGUCCCAAACCUAAACCUCUACAUACGUUUGUAUUUGGUUUGGUCACAUCCUCAUGAAAAUAAUGUGUUUAAAAAUAAGAUAAGUGUUUGAAAGUUUACAAAAAACAUUAAUUAAUAUGAAUCCCAUCCAGGCCGAUGUCAAAGAGCACAAUUUGUACAGAAACGUUGAGCAUCACGUCACGUCCCGGCGCAGCUAUUUUUGGUGAUGAAUUUGCUGCCUCCACACUUUGACUCCCGGCUGUCCCUGACUCUGUCUCUUCUCUCUGCAGACGCUGUUUGUUUCCUCUCCCUCUGGAAUGAGAGAGGGAGAUCCUGUCUUUCUGUCUGUCUUUGUCCAAUGAGCCCCCCACCCCACUCCUUCCUUCUCCUCCUCUUCUUUCGCCUCCUCUGCUGCUCUCACUUUCUCCGUUUGCUUUGUCUGCCUGAGACCUUUCACCUUCUCUUUUGCCGCUGUAAGUUCUUGCACUUUUUAACAAGUCCUCCUCUUCUAACAGUUUUAUGUUAUUCUCUAUGAAGGUCAGAUUAAUUGAACAGCUGCUGUUUUUGAUUCACUCUCUAACUCAGCACUCAGAGCAGUCAGAGUCGUAUAUGAUGAGAAGUGUGGUAAUAGAGGCGUGAAUGUCAGGUAUGUCCAACUGUUUCUCAUUAGGGAGGCGUGUGUUCAGAUUGUACAGCACCACCACCCUGUGGUUAUGAUGAACAUAACUCAUUUACAUUAAUAUUGUAGAGCAGGAUUUCUUAGCAGGGGAAAAUGUCUUUAAAGUGAUGAUUUAUUCCAACAGAGCAGCAGGAGCAUGCUGGAUUUGACAUUUUAGCAUGAAGUUAUAAAAUACCUCAAAGUCCACUAACCUUUUUUUUCUUUUGCUUUUGUCGAGCAAUAUAAAGCCAAAUAAUAACUCACACCAAACAGCUUUACUCAGGGGUCAGCUGGUAAAGUGUCACAUUAAAAGGUAGUUCAGACAAGUUUCCCAGAGCAAAGCUGUUGUAAAGCCAAUAAUCAAAAUGUCAUAUUAUAGAAUGAUAAAAAUGUCACAGUAUAAUUCAAUAAAAAUAUCAAAGUCCAGUAUGUUAAGAGUGUCAUAGUGAAGUAUGAAAAAAUAUCAUAGUAUAGAAGAAAAGAUUCAUAGUGUAGUAUGAUAAAAAUAUUAUAUAGUAUGUAAAAAAUUGUCACAGUAUAGUUUGAUAAAAAAAAAAAUCCUAGUAUAAUAUAAUAAAAUGUCAUAGUAUAAUAUGACAAAAUAAUCACAUUAUAGCAAGGAAAAAAUCAUAGCAUACUAUAAUAAAAAUAUCAGAUAAUAGUAUGAAAAAAAUGACAACAGUGUCAUUAAAAUGUCACAAUUACCACAUAGUAUGAUAAAAUAAAUUGUCAUAGUAUAGUAUGAUAAAAAUAUCACAUUUUAGUAUAGUAAAAAAAAACUUUUUAGUAUUUAAAAAAAUGGUCACAGUCUAUUAUUAAUAAAAUACCAUUGUAUAAUAAGGUAAAAAUGUCAUAGUAUAGUAUGAGAAAAAUACCAUACUGUGGUAUGAUAAAAAUAUAGUAUAGUUUUAUAAAAAAAAAAUGUCAUAGUAUAGUAUGAAAAAAGUUGCUGAGCGGCGAUCCUCAAGGGAACAAGAGAGAAACCUGGGACCAAGACCAAACCACCUUUAACCAUGUACUGGUAACGGAAUGAAAGUAUCUAUGAUGUUGCCUUUAAUAGUUAUGGGCUAUUUAAAAAAAACUUUAUUCAAGUGAUUGGCAUUGUCUGAGGCCUUUAUAGCAAGAUCAGACAAAAAAAUUUAAGUGUUGAGGGUUAGGUUUUGGGUCAGGGGUUAGGUUUUAAAUCACCGUCCAGGACCUAUUUAGGAGCACAAUUCAGACCAUUUGUAGUCGAUAGGUACAAAAAAGAAAAUUAGGAAAAAUGUCCAAAUUUAGGGGGUUUUUAAGUUGAAAAACUUGAAAAAGGAAAUCAUUUUUAAUAUGAGACACAUUUGUAAAACAUAGACCAAAACAAAGAUGUUCAACAAGGCCUUCAAGCUUCAAUUUUAAGGAUACAAAAAAAGUGAACUCAAUGAUUCAUGGACGAACAUUUUGCACCUAAGAGAUAACACAUACUAGCGUUUUCAAGUUGUGUGUACAUUUUACUUUCACUUUUGCAGUUUUAUAACAUCUUGCAAUUUUUUUUUGAUGUUUCCUUCUUCAUCUUCCUUCCAGGUGUGCAAUGAUGUCCGCAGUGACAUCGAGAGCAGCUCAGAGGAAGAGCCCGACACGCCCUCAGAUGGCCUCAGAACCUCUCCUCACUCCAACAAAGGCGAGAACGGCACUAACGGCCACUGCGCUGCUGCUGCUGCUGCUAAAGCCAGAGUGCAGAACCACAGCAGCUGGUGACACGGGGCCUGAUGCUGGGGCCCCCUGCAGUCCGUCCCUUGUGUGUUGCUGUCUUAUGACAUUCCCACGACAUGCAAGGCUCAUGCCCACACACAGAAACACACCCUGCUAUACACUGACAGUGAGCGCACACAGAUCUAUAUGUGAUGAACUUGUGGAUGAAGAGACGCUGACAUCAGCUUUGAGGAGCCCUGACAGCGCCUCCGGCUGACAUGUAAAAGCUCAAAUGAGAUGGAAAUCAGUUGAAGCAAAUGAUUUGCGUAGCUUUACGUUUUUUCAAAUGAUGGGAUUUAUUUGCUGCCAGAUGUUUGUUGGUUUCAAUGUUCUCUCCCAGUUUUAUUGGUCAGAUGAACUUGAUUAAAUUUGUGCUGAGGGUUGUUUCACACUGUGUCAGAAAAGGCAGAAAACUACUGCUCAGGAGGCUCAAACUUUGAAGUGUGUUGCAUUGAAGAGCAGGUAUUGAAUUAAAAUAAAUAUUUAAGCUGUGGUUUUCAUCAGCUCUUAAACAAAGGCACCUGCUGUGUGUGUGUGUGUGUGAAGAACAGCACAAUACAAAGGCUGAAUCAGCAGUUUUUCUGCCUUUCUUUGAUGACUGUGGUUUGAACCCUCGGACACAUCGUUUGUGAUUCGUUUAUUUCUGUUUUACUGUUUUUUACUACGACUUCUGAGACCAAAUGUGUAUGAAAUUGUUUGAUGUCACUGCCUAUAGAGGAAUCCAGGUAUAAGGACUAUACCAAAUGUCUGGUAUUAUGUUCUCACUUGAGUGCCUUGUAAAAAAUAUAUUUCCAAAUAUACUCUGUUGAAAAAUCACUUCCUUUGUGGCCUACUUUUCUACAUAAAAACUACAAAUUAC